CGUUUGUUGUUGUUUCGCUGUGUUCAUCAGAAACGUCCGUUUCAGAUCUCACAUCGUCCCUUCAUCAUAUUUUACUCUAUCCCUAACAACAUAUCCUCCCUCUAGUUACACCAUGGAUCCAAACAACAAUCCAAACUAUCCAAACGAUCGUGUCAACCUUGAUCUGUCCUUGGGGAUUGGUCCUCAAGCAAAAGAUCCGGUCGAGCAAGAUGGCAAGUUCAUGGAACUCUUGAGAUCAGUAAGUGAUCCUACACAAAAUGCCCAGCCUUCUCCUCCUCUUCCUUCACUUCACACGAUACCUCCUGGAUACUACAACCUCACAUACCCUCAGAAUGCAGCAGGACUUCUGCCUCCUAUAACGAACCAGGGUGGAGCCAGAGCCUUGGAUAGUCCCCGGCCAAGAACUAGGUUAGGUCGCCCCCCUGGUGGGCAUAAUGCACGUCGUAAUAAUUCAUCGAAAGCGGCUGCCACGGUUGAACGAAACGUUGACAAGGAUAUCGUACCACCAUAUCCAUGGGCGACCACAAGGCCAGCCCGAAUUCACAACCUUAGAUACUUGUAUUCCAAUAAUAUAAACAUGAUCUUUGGACAAGUCCAUUGCAAGCCUUGUGAGAGUACUCAAACCAUUGAGUAUAAUCUCACGGAGAAGUUUGGGGAAUUGUAUCGUUACAUUCAUGACAACAAGGAGGAACUGCGUCAACGAGCCCAGAAAGUUUGGUCGUCUCCUAAACUGACUCCAUGCUACUCAUGCAAGAACGGGAUGAAGCCGGUGAUAAGCGAGAAUAAGGAAGAAAUCAACUGGUUAUUUCUUUUGUUAGGGCAAAUGUUGGGAUGUUGUACUUUGGAUCAGCUCAGGUACUUUUGUGAUAAAACUAGUCAACAUAGAACCGGUGCAAAGGAUCGUGUACUCUACAUAACUUAUUUUGGUCUAUGCAAGCAGCUCCAGCCAUGCGACUUAUUUAAUCUAUGACUCAUAUCGGAAUCGGGCAGGGCUCAUGGCUUUUAAGGUUUUUUUUUGUUUUUUUCAUUGUAACACUGGGUAAAUCACAUUUACAUCAUCAUAAUCUCAAGUUUAUUUUGGUUUU